UCCAUUUUUCCCUCUCUUAAGGUUCAAGUCCCAAUAAUAGUAGUAGUACAACUCUCCACUAGAUUUACAAAUGGAAAUCAAAAUGAAAAUGGUUUCUCUUUCUCACUAUCAUACUCAUACUAUCUCACUUUAACAACAACAACAAAAAAACACCUAGAGAGAGAAAUACUAAUUCUUAUUCUAGAGAGAGAAAUUAUACUAGUUCUAGAGAGAGAAGAAAGUAUGGGGACUUCUUCCUGCUUGAAGAUCAUCGUUUGUGGCAGCGAUACUCCCGACAAUGACGAUGCUCAUUCUCCUCAGUGGCAGCUGAACUUACAGGCUAAGGGAUCAAAUGAUAAACGGGGUUGGAGUUUCAGGAAGAAAUCUGGCAGGCAUCGGGUGCUAGGAAACAAUGUCAGUUCAGAAACUACUACUUUUCCAGAAAAAGAGACCCCACAAAGUGGUAGUAUUGAUUUCCAAUCUCCAGUUAAGUCUGCUAAUGUUGAUGAGAAGCCACAACUGCCUAAACCAGUUGAGGAAUUUAGUAAAACUGUUGUUGGUACAGAAAAUGAUAGUGAAUUGAAAAAAUCCGUGGUGGUGGGCCCUUCAGAAAAUGGUGCAAUAUGUGCAGAAUCAAAGUUCAGUCAGGAUGAGGUUGCUUUAGAGAGAGUAAGCAAUGAAACAUCAGCUGAACAGAAAUUGGCUGAUGUUGCUAUUGUUUCAGAAAAUGAUAGCAAUGAAACAUCAGAUGAAUCAAGUAUAGCUAAUGAUUCGUGUGUUUCAAAAGAUGAAAGCAUUGAGUCAGCCGAGUUUAAGAUAUCUGAGUCAGUGAUGGCUUCAGAUAAUAUUUGUGAUGACAAUGUUGCUCUGGAUGAAACCGCCGCUAUUAAUAUUCAAACAGCUAUGAGAGGCUUCCUGGCGCAACAAAAGCUCGUGCAAUUAAAGAGUGCCAUCAAACUUCAAGCUGUUAUUCGUGGACAUCUAGUCCGGAGACAUGCUGUCGGAACUCUGCAUUGCAUCAGAGCCAUUGUCAAGGUUCAAGCUCUUGUUCGUGCUCGCAAUUCAAAGUCCUUGGGCCAGAAAAUUAAACCAAAUGAUGCUCACUUUUCCACUGUGAAGCUGCUUCAAAAUAGUUUUGCCCGCCAGCUGUUGGAGUCUACAUCAAAGCCCAAAUCUCUGAAUAUUAGAUGUGAUCCAAUGAGGCCCAAUUCAGCCUGGAGUUGGUUGGAGAGAUGGAUGUCUGUCUCAAAAUCUGAAGUUGUUGAAAAACUAGAGCCUAGUGUGGAGGCAGAGAAGGAGAUCGAGGUUCAGAAAAUUGCUACACAAGCAGGUGCUGAAGUUUCGUCAGUGGCUCUUUUGGACUCGGUAGAGUCUAAGUUCUGUAUGAAGAAAGGGGAAGAAUUGUUGGAAAAUGAAAAAAACUAUGUUGUUGAUGAAGUUAACACUGUUGAUUCCUGCUCACCGUGUUCUUUGCCAACAGAGUUCAUGACAGAACAACCUCAUAUUCAAAAGCAAGAAAUAGUUAAGGAGGAUGUAGCUUCUGCUAAGAUUGAGGCUAAUGAAACCGAAAUUCCGCGUAUGCAAGCAGAACCUAUUUCUUUGGAAGAUGAACCUGCUACAAUGGCCACAGAGAUCCAACAGCCAAAACUUUCUACAAAGCGGUCAGCAUCUUCAGAGCUGAACGAUGAGGGAAAGAAGUUUGUAUAUGGAUCUAGAAAGGCAAGCAGUCCUGCAUUUAUCGCUGCUCAGUCAAAAUUUGAAGAACUGACUUCAGCUGCAAAUCCAGGUGGAGUAACUAUAACAUCCCACGAAGAUGUUGUAUUGGAAUCCCAUGUCAACUCAGUCCCGUAUCUUGAAGAAAGUGUCAAGAAAACCAAUACUCCUGCUUAUGUUGAAACUUCUGGGACUUCUUACCCGCGGAUUCAUGUUGCUGGAUCUGAAUGUGGGACUGAACUCUCAAUUUCUUCCACUCUUGAUUCACCUGAUAGAUCAGAAAUUGAGAAUACAGAAGCUGAGCCGGAAGUCCAGCUUCUGGAGGAGGCAUCUUGUCCACCUGACGUUCGAGAGAAGCAAGAUUGUGAAGCCAAUGACCUGUCAAGCAAGCGCGUGACUGAUGUACCUUCUGUCAUGAUUCAGCAGGGAGAGGUUCGUGGGACUAAUGAUAUAUCUGUUGAUCCAGUUGAUGCUGAGGUCUGCCAACAGUUGGAAGAUAAACUUGAGACAAAGGCAUCUGAUGUGAAGAUUGACGUUGCAACUGUGGGAGCGAUGACCAAUAUGGACUCCUCGCCUGUGGAGAAGACAUGUCAAGAAAUUGGAAAUGAUGUGCACACAGAACAUGGAUUAGCAAGAGAUCAUCAAGCAUACAAACCAUCACCUGAAUCCUCACCUAUAAGCCAUAAGACGGUGCCAGAGUCUCAAGGAACACCUUCCAGCCAAGCAUCAGUAAAAGGUAAAAGGAACAAGAUUGAUAAACAUGGAUCCAACAGAAAACGUAGUUUCCCAUCUGCAGAAAAGCGGUCCCCAUCAAACCCAAAUAUUGACUCUGGUGCAAGAAGUAGUACCGAGCAUCUGCCUAAGGAUCAUAAGAGUGGGAAAAGAAGGAAUUCUUUUGGCUCAGCAAAAUCUGACACUGCUGAUCAGGAGCCCAGAGAGAGUAGUAGUCGUAGUUCUUUGCCGAGCUAUAUGCAAGCUACUGAAUCUGCCAGAGCCAAGGCUAAUUCCCCUAGAUCAAGCCCAGAUGUCCAUGAUAAAGAACUUUACUCCAAGAAGAGACAUUCACUACCUGGCGCAACUGGGAGGCAGGUUUCUCCUCAGAUUCACCGAUUAACGCCCGAAGUGACAGAGGGUGUAAAAGCAAAUGGCUCUCAACCUUCUACAGAAAGAAAAUGGCAAAGGUGAAAGGCGCUGCAAACAAUUGUAUGGACUACUGAUGCAAGGACAUUCGUCUGAUGUAACCGAGAUCAAUGCACAAGAAACUUGCCAUUACCUUGUAACUUUCCACUUAAGUCUAGAUCAUUCAAAUGAGUGCGAGUUUGGUUUGUGAAAUAUAUAUUGAGGGUAUAUCUUUUUUUUAAAAUGUACAUUAUAAACACAUUAUUUUUUAUUUUUCAUCAACAGAGUUUUAACUUCCAGGUUUGCGAUAUCAGAGUGUGCAAAUGUUUGUAUGACUAAAAUCUUCUGCUAUGUAUGUUAAAUGUAAGCCGUUGAAUUCA